ACAAGUAUGAAGGCAGGGAUGAAGUACACACCUACUCUUUUAACCACUACCAUGAGUGUUUGUUGCAUUACUUUGGGAACAGACACAGAUGCUGAAGGACAAACAUUAACUUCGCCAUCACAGAAGAUAUGAAGACCACCAGGAGGGUCCACAAAUCCACAGGGAAUCAACAUCUACACGAGGAAAGUCAAUGCAACCAGUGGACCUACAGUGACAGAACCCUCGUAUGACUGAUGAGAAGACAUUAAAUAAGGUGAGAUAAGUAUUUAUAAUUAAUGCUAAACUUGAAAGCUGCGCUGACUCUGAAACGCUUCAUAUCUUCUACUGUUAGAGUAGAAUUUAGUGCUUGUCAGCCUAAGAACAGGAAGGACAAUGGGCUCCACAAGCUCUAGACCCAGGCUGCGUAGAGUAGCCCCUUGUAAUAGCCUGCAAGAGGAGGGGGCACAGCCCAAGCCACAGUGGACACUCCCUGCUCUGCCAGUCACUGUGGAGCAGCCGUCAGGAUCUCUGGGACACAGGAAGACAACCUUACCCCCGCUGAAACAGGAAAUAACUCUGUCUACUCUGUCAGAACCAUGCUUUGCAGGAAGUCUCCCACCAAAACAAAGCAACAAUUCAAGCAUCAUUCACUCCCAUCCACCCCGAAGACCCCAGGCACUGCAACCACUGGCCCUUCAAAUUGGCCAUACAACCACUGCCAAUCAAAUUGUCAUGGCCAGGGGAGUGUCUACCCCCAGAGAUGGGGGUGUCCACCAGUGUUCUACAACCGGACAGGCAGGACACUGUGGCACCGGCAGAAUGAUUCAGGGAGGGUUCCUGGAGGCCCAGACAGCUCUCAGCCAACAGGCUCAUCGGCAUCGGCGAGCUCACCUCCGACAAGUCAGAGAACGGAGAAGACUUAAGGUUGUCUACACAGUUAAUGAUCCGACCACAGAAGGGAUCCAGAGGCUGAAACUUGUGAGAAGGCCAACAGAAAGGGACAUCUUCUGGGAUGAUGCCACAGGAGAGAGUUUGGACCCCAGCUGCCUUCUGGAUCCAGAACCUCAGCCUCACCUCCGUGAAGAGAGACAAUGUAACCAGCCAGCCAAAGAGCUUCUGCACAAGGGAGAAGAAAGCAUCCAGAGUGUUCGAGCUCGAGGUCAAACUGGACAUAGACAUCCAUCAUUGGACAAAAACUCAUCAUGGGCAACUGGAAUGGAAAUAGUGUGCAUAAGAGAGAGGGGAGAAACACAGAGGGAUAACAGGUUGUGGCCUGAGAUUGCCAGAAACCAGACAGGGAGAAUAAGAGACGAGAGAAGGAUCUGGGACAGUAAGAUGCACUAA